UUACGGGUAUAUGAUUGUGUUGAUGAACAAAGAAACUAAGCACUAACAGCAGCAAUAGAACCAAAAACCAAAAAGAAAAAGAAAAAGAAAAGAAAAAGAAAAAAACAGAGAAACAAAGUCACAAUCAAAACAUAGAAAUUGAGUUUGUGUUGAGAGUGAAAGAAGAAGAUGAAGAGAGAGCAUAAACACGAAAAUGAAGACAUGAGUGGUAGUGGGAGUGGAAAAUCAGGGGUUUGCUGGGAAGACGACGGUGGUAUGGAUGAGCUUUUAGCGGUGGUUGGUUACAAGGUGAAAUCCUCCGACAUGGCUGAAGUUGCUCAAAAACUUGAACAACUUGAACACGCCAUGGGGAAUUUCCAAGACCAAGAUGAAGCAAUUAUCGCUCAACAACUCUCAAACGACACCGUUCAUUACAAUCCUUCAGAUAUUUCUAACUGGCUUAAAACAAUGCUUUCCAAUUUUGACCCUCAACCUCAAAACCCUUCGGUUUCAUCUUCAUCUGAUAAUGACCUAAACGCCAUUCCAGGUAAAGCGAUCUACGCUACCACAACUACAACUACAACAACUACUACUGACUCAGAUGAAUCUCUUCCUUCCAGUAAACGACUCAAACGAACUUCAACUGACUCAACUCGUUCCGUUGUUAUGGUUGUUGAAACGCAAGAAAAAGGGAUCCGUCUUGUUCAUACUUUGAUGGCUUGUGCUGAAGCGGUUGAACAGAGUAAUCUAACCGUAGCUGAGGCUCUGGUCAAACAGAUCGGUUACUUAGCGGUUUCACAAGAAGGUGCUAUGAGAAAAGUUGCUACCUAUUUCGCUGAAGGUCUCGCUAGGCGAAUCUAUGGUGUUUUUCCUCAACAUUCGGUUUCCGAUUCGCUUCAGAUCCAUUUCUAUGAAACUUGUCCUUAUCUUAAAUUCGCUCAUUUCACUGCCAAUCAAGCUAUUCUUGAAGCUUUUCAAGGGAAAUCUCGUGUUCAUGUCAUUGAUUUCUCGAUUAAUCAAGGGAUGCAGUGGCCGGCUCUUAUGCAGGCGCUUGCGUUGCGUCCUGGUGGUCCUCCUGCUUUUCGUCUCACCGGAAUUGGACCUCCGGCGUCUGAUAACUCCGAUCAUCUUCAACAGGUUGGUUGGAAGCUUGCUCAGUUUGCACAGACUAUUCAUGUUCAGUUUGAGUAUCGCGGUUUUGUUGCUAACAGUUUAGCUGAUCUUGAUGCUUCCAUGCUUGAACUCCGGUCACCGAAGACGGAGUCUGUUGCAGUUAACUCUGUUUUUGAGCUUCAUAAACUCAACGCGCGUCCCGGCGCGCUUGAGAAGGUUUUUUCUGUUAUCCGUCAGAUUCGGCCGGAGAUUGUUACCGUUGUUGAGCAGGAAGCGAAUCACAACGGACCGGCUUUUCUUGACCGGUUUACUGAGUCGCUUCACUAUUACUCGACGCUGUUUGACUCGUUGGAAGGUUCAUCGGUUGAACAGCAGGAAAAGGCUAUGUCGGAGAUGUAUUUAGGGAAGCAAAUAUGUAACGUGGUGGCGUGUGAAGGAACGGACCGAGUUGAGCGUCAUGAGACUUUGAACCAGUGGAGGAACCGGUUCGGUUCGGCUGGGUUUUCUCCGGUUCAUUUAGGUUCCAACGCGUUUAAGCAAGCGAGUAUGUUGUUGGCACUUUUCGCCGGUGGGGAUGGUUACAAGGUGGAAGAAAAUGAUGGGUGUCUCAUGCUUGGUUGGCACACUAGGCCUUUGAUUGCUACUUCUGCGUGGAAACUCGCCGCUAACUCAGUGGUGGUUUCUCACUGAGUCAACUCGUGCCUUCUGCACAAUGCACAUUGCACACCAUCCCUUUUUUUUUUUGGUAAAAAAGAAGAAAAAAAAUUAAUUCAUACCCACCAAAAAAGGAAAGGAAAAAAAAGAUGGGAACUUGUGGGGUUGAGUGGACAAUGUGCAAUUGUGCCUUGCUGAGCUGUGAGCACUGAUUGCUGCCUGAGACAGAGAGACCCACCAUUGUCCAUUUUCCAUCUCUCUCUUUCUCUCUCCAAUUCCUUAUCUUCCUCUUUCUCUCUGUUAAUUUACUUUCUUUUGCCUUAGGACUCUUUUUUUCUCUGUUCAUUGUUUUAACCUUGGGUUGGAAUUGGAAUCUCUUGUAAUUUUUCAGGGUUGGAAUCAAAAGGGUUAAUGUGUAUUUAUUUUAUUUUAUGUUUUUGACAUAUGUAGUUUGCUGGUAAUAAAUAGAAUCUUUUUCUUUAUUGUUGAAAAGUA